UUGUGAAAAGCUUAUAAAAGUUGUAUAUGUCCAUGUUUUCGCACGCGUGAAGUGGGUUUUCACUGGGAAUGGAAGGUGAAGUCAUCGGAGCGGGUCCGUACAGGGCGACCAAGUUGUGGAAUGAAACCAUUAAACUCUUCCGUGGGGGGAUGCCGUUGAGAAGACACUGGGCACACUUCCGCUACUACGAUUGCAGUUUCACGGGCUCCGAGGCUGUGGAUUAUCUGCACGAGCUGCUGAGGCGCAACUACAACUUUGGGCCCGAGGUGACUCGCUACCAAACUCUGCAGCUGCUCAGGAAGUUCCUCAAGGCCCAUGUCAUUGAAGACAUCAAAGGACGCCACGGGACAGAGGACUUUGAAGACAGUGGCCAUCUGUACAGGUUCCCCAUGCUCUCUCCCCUCAAGUCUUUUCCAACAAGGCCCGUGUUGAGAGACAGCAGUGACCUGCCCAGACUCAUUCGCUGGGAUGACUACGAAGAGUUGCCUCAGCGUGAAAACAUUGCUCCCCUGAAGUCUGCUGUCAUGACCUCAGACUUGUGGAAUAAAAGGCACAGUGUAGCUAUUGGGGAUGUGCAUGAAUGCAAGCUCAUACGGAGGAAGGAGAUAACUCCAAAACAAGUGGACCACAUCUGGAAAUCAAUGACGGUUGCGCAUUUGCAGAGAGUGCUGGGCCUGAAGUCACUGGAUGGAGUUUUAAACCCAACGCACGUGAAGGGCAAGCACAUCGUUCACAAUGUGUUCAGUGUGAAUAAGACGGGCAUUGUCCUAUUGGAGAACAAAGCUGAGGACAUGCCAUACUGGGUGAUAUCAGCAAUGAAGUGCCUCGCCAACUGGCCUAAUGGCAAUGAAAGCAAACAGCCAGUGUACCCGGGUUUCGAGAGGGAUGUUCUGAGAACAGUAGGAGAUUACUUUCAGAGACUCAAAGAACCCCUGCUGACUUACCAUCUAUAUGAAGUCUUUGUCAACAUUCUCAGUCUGCUGCAGGAGCAGGAGGGAGCCACUGAGGCUCUUCAAGUCAGCUGUCUCCUGCUGCCGCCGCCCAACCGGAGACGCCUCCAGCUUUUGCUGCGUCUCAUGGCCCGGGUCUGCCAGAAUCCUCACCUGCCUCCACUCAAUGACACAAUUGCUACCCGCACACUGAUGGUGCAGAUGUUCUCGCACUGCGUUCUGCGGUCAGUAGAUGACAUGGACUUGGACGAGCUGCUUGCCACCAAACUGGUGACCUUCAUGAUGGAGCACCACAACGCCAUCUUCCAAGAUCCUCGCAAGCUGCGUCACCAGGUUGACGAGCACCUGACCCACCUCAAAAGAGUUCAGAUUAAAUACGCAGGAUCAGAUACAGACUUCAGUGCAUCUCCAGCUUUUUGUAAACAGAUCAGCAGGGUGGAGUCCGAGGAGCAGAAGGUGAUAGGAACCCAGACCCCCCUGCAAGAGCUGCUGGAAGGCCUGAUUGCAGACAAAGAACUUCCGGCCAAGGACAAGAGGAAAAGGCUCAAACAGUUCCAGAGGUCGUACCCAGAAGUCUACCACAGUCGAUUUCCCACUGAGGAAAGCAAAGCUGCUGUCAUACCUGAGAAAACCCCGCGACUCAAACCUCCUCUCAUGUUCUUUAAUAUCAAGAAACCCUUCCAGCCCUUUCAGAGGAGCUGGAGUUUUAGGGCAUAA